CAGCGAGCCGCCGCGCCCCCCGGCCCGGCCGCGCGGCCCGCCGGGGCCAUGGCGAAGAAGAGCGCCGAGAACGGCAUCUACAGCGUGUCCGGCGACGACAAGAAGGGCCCCCUCAUCGCACCCGGGCCCGACGGGGCCCCGGCCAAGGGCGACGGCCCCGCGGGCCUGGGGGCGCCGGGCGGCCGCCUGGCCGUGCCGCCGCGCGAGACCUGGACGCGCCAGAUGGACUUCAUCAUGUCGUGCGUGGGCUUCGCCGUGGGCCUGGGCAACGUGUGGCGCUUCCCCUACCUGUGCUACAAGAACGGCGGAGGUGUCUUCCUUAUUCCCUACAUCCUGAUUGCCCUGGUCGGAGGAAUCCCCAUUUUCUUCUUGGAGAUCUCAUUGGGCCAGUUCAUGAAGGCCGGCAGCAUCAAUGUAUGGAACAUUUGUCCCCUAUUCAAAGGCCUGGGCUAUGCCUCCAUGGUGAUCGUCUUCUACUGCAACACCUACUACAUCAUGGUGCUGGCCUGGGGCUUCUAUUACCUGGUAAAGUCCUUCACCACCACGCUGCCCUGGGCCACGUGUGGCCACACCUGGAACACUCCCGACUGUGUGGAGAUCUUCCGCCACGAAGACUGUGCCAAUGCCAGCAUAGCCAACCUCACAUGUGACCAGCUUGCUGACCGCCGGUCCCCUGUCAUCGAGUUCUGGGAGAACAAAGUCUUGCGGCUGUCUGGCGGGCUGGAGGUGCCAGGGGCCCUCAACUGGGAGGUGACCCUGUGUCUGCUGGCCUGCUGGGUGCUGGUCUACUUCUGUGUCUGGAAGGGGGUCAAAUCAACAGGAAAGUCCUCUGCGGCUCAGUGGGGGCCUCCGAGGGGGAGGCGCUGCUGCAGGGCCUGUCUGAGCAGCCCGGCCCCCCAGAUCGUGUACUUCACCGCUACAUUCCCCUACGUGGUCCUUGUUGUGCUGCUGGUGCGCGGAGUGCUGCUGCCCGGGGCCUUGGAUGGCAUCGUCUACUAUCUCAAGCCUGACUGGUCGAAGCUGGGGUCCCCACAGGUAUGGAUAGAUGCCGGGACCCAGAUUUUCUUUUCUUACGCCAUCGGCCUGGGGGCCCUCACAGCCCUGGGCAGCUACAAUCGCUUCAACAACAACUGCUACAAGGAUGCCAUCAUCCUCGCGCUCAUCAACAGCGGAACCAGCUUCUUUGCUGGCUUCGUAGUCUUCUCCAUCCUGGGCUUCAUGGCCACAGAGCAGGGUGUGCACAUCUCCAAGGUGGCAGAAUCAGGGCCUGGCCUGGCCUUCAUCGCCUACCCCCGGGCCGUCACGCUGAUGCCUGUGGCCCCACUCUGGGCUGCCCUGUUCUUCUUCAUGCUGCUGCUGCUUGGUCUCGACAGCCAGUUUGUAGGUGUGGAGGGCUUCAUCACCGGCCUCCUCGACCUCCUCCCGGCCUCCUACUACUUCCGUUUCCAAAGGGAGAUCUCUGUGGCCCUCUGCUGCACCCUCUGUUUUGUCAUCGACCUCUCCAUGGUGACUAAUGGUGGGAUGUACGUCUUCCAGCUGUUCGACUACUAUUCGGCCAGUGGCACCACCCUGCUUUGGCAGGCCUUUUGGGAGUGUGUGGUGGUGGCCUGGGUGUACGGAGCUGACCGCUUCAUGGACGACAUUGCCUGCAUGAUCGGGUACCGACCUUGCCCCUGGAUGAAAUGGUGCUGGGCUUUCUUCACCCCGCUGGUCUGCAUGGGCAUCUUCAUCUUCAACGUCGUGUACCAUGAGCCGCUGGUCUACAACAACACUUACGUGUACCCGUGGUGGGGCGAGGCCAUGGGCUGGGCUUUUGCACUGUCCUCCAUGCUGUGCGUGCCCCUUCAUGUCCUGGGCUGCCUCCUCAGGGCCAAGGGCACCAUGGCUGAGCGCUGGCAGCACCUAACUCAGCCUGUCUGGGGCCUCCACCACUUGGAGUACAGAGCUCAGGAUGCGGACGUCAGGGGCCUGACCACCCUGACCCCAGUGUCCGAGAGCAGCAAGGUCGUCGUGGUGGAGAGUGUCAUGUGACAAGCACCCCAGUUCACAUCACCAGCUCACCCUUGGUAGCCAUAGCAGCCCCUGCUUUAGCCCCCACCCCACCCCUGCAGGGGUCUUGCCUUUCCCUGACAAUUUUGGGGUCUGCCUGGGGAUGGGAGGGAGGGAAGCACCAUGAGUGCUAACUAAAAUAAGUUUUUCCAUUUUUAAUAAAACGCCAAAAAUAUCACAACCCACCAAAAAUAGAUGCCUCUCCCCCAUCCCACCCCCUGCCCUAGCCAGGCUGGUCCACAUGUUGCUCCCAGGCCCUGCCUAGCGCCCCUCCCCCAGUGCCCUGGGACCUAUCUCCUCCUACCCCUGCCUGCCACUCCAAGUUCUGCUCUGUCACACACCCUUGGGUGGCCCCUCACCCCAAAAGGAGCAGUAGCAGUUUGGAGAAUGGGAGGGGAGGACAGGGGUGGUGAGGGAGGGGCAGUGGAACAAGGUGAAUAUUUCAGCUGUAUUAGAACCUUCUCCCCAUCCCUAUUCAGAAGCUUAAAGAGCCAGCCAGCAACGGAACCUACCGGUUCCCGCGCCGAUCGCCACCAAUACCAAUUGUGUGAGCUUGGGUACAAGCGCAUGUGUGUGUGAGUACGUACAGUAUAUAUAGAUUCCUAUCUCUUAACAAAGUGAAUACCAGACGUAAACGGUGCCUCUGGGCAAAGGAGGCUUGUAUUUUGCACAUUUUAUAAAAACUUGAGGAGACAGCGAGAUUUCUGCUUGUAUAUUUCUAAAAAAAGAGCCCAAACCAUCCCUUCUCCUUACCACUCCCUGUCCCUUUCAGCCCCUCCUUAUUCCCCUGCCCCUAGCCAAGGAGUGUGAAUUUAUAGAUCUAAUUUUCAUAGGCAAAACAAAAGCUUCGAGCUGUCGAGUCUGCGGGUGUGUUGUGUGGAUGUGCAUGUGUGGUCCCCAGCCCCAGACUGGGGUGGAAAAGUACAUGAUGGGGGCAAGAGGCUGCAGGGUUCUGUCCCGGGGCUCUGGGGCUCUCACCUGGCCUGCUCAGGCUUGCCCACACCCUGCUCCCUGGGCUGGGCACAACCCAGGGAAGGAACCCCGGGCAUGGCUCCCACCUUCAAGCUUAAGGCCGAUGCGCUUUCCGCGUGGCCCAUCUUCUGCGUAGCAGUUUUAACCCAUGUACGUCUGUGUCACAUCAAGUCCCGAGACAGCCGAGUGGCCCCUAGAAAGGCUUCCCCCCACCGUGACAUAGGCUGGAGGGGUGGGGCUGGGUGAGGACGGCGGGCCUGUGGGGACGUUCUUACUGUGCUAAAAAGCCACUGCAAAGACAGCAAUAAAAACAUGUCAUUUUCCAAA